AUGAGCCCUCUGGGCGGCGGGAAAGCAGGCCUACGCUUGCAGCUAUUCGGUAUUCUGUCGACUGUUGCCCAUGCUGAUUCUGCCUGGAUACUGUCGAAUGCAUUAAUUGUGCGGAAACAGUUCACUUCUCUUUCACCCUCGUCGAGAUAUGCUACCAGUCUCAGAAGCACCUACGACGAGCCAGACUCCGGGCUGCCGCCUCCGGAACGGAUCGUUAAUAGAACCCAUCGAGACUCGGAAUCACCCUCCAUGCGGAAAGGCUUAGCAAGACGGCGAAAGUCAGAGGAAACUGGUCAUCACGAACAGAAUGGGCAGCCACAGCACCGGCAUAUUGAUAUACCCCAAAGCAAGCGAACACCUAUGUCCCGUGUGAACGAACAAUCUAAACCCGCCCAUAGCGUUGCUCCUCCCAUAAGUGCUCCUUUGAGGUAUUUAAAGGGCUAUAACCUGUCACAACCAAAACGACGGCAGCUUCGUGGGGAGAUCGAAAGUGAGUGUGCGAGUAUCCAAUCCUAUGGAGACCUUGCCGUUCAUCCUAGUGAAUAUUUGGUUAGAGAAAUGUCUCUCUAUCCGCUCACACACAUUCAUCCAAGUUGGAAGAAGAACUUGAAAACACUAUAUGAUCAUAAGCGCCGAAAUGUACCAGUAUCAGAAACUUGGAGAUUGUUGAGUACAGAAGACUCUGAAGUCGUGCGUCGAUGGAUCAAGAGUAUACUAAGUUCUCCUCGCACCGACCCCCCUCCUUCUGCACGAUGGCGGCGUCUUUGCCGAACUGAAGCUGCAAGGCGAUGGCCGAUUAUGAUAUUAUGGCUUCUUCUACAUUCCCCGACACAAGCCUUGCGCUUUUUAGAGGCGACGACAACCCGGUUUUCUCCUUCCUUUCCCAUGGUUGCAGACUGUUUUAUCUUUCUUGAAAGAUUUCAUGUUGCGGAAUUCCAGGACUCCCCAAAACUGAAAAGCAGAUAUACUCGUACUCUACAGCACUGCCUCCGCCCUGAAGUUUUCCCUUACUUGUCGAGAGACUCACAGACCGGGUUUCGGCUCUACCUCAAAUACUGCGAACACCAUAACCUCGUGAAGUGCUUCAACUAUGUUGUCAGAAACCAGAAGUUUCUCUCCCUGGAGACUUUGUUUUACUUCACUGACCUUUUUACUAAGAAUGGGGACAUUCCAGCAGCGUUAACUUCGCUACGCCUUCUUAUAACGCGAUUUGAAUCCCAAAAGCCUGUCAGGUAUCAGAAGAUUUCGGAUCGCUGCUGCAACCUUCUAAAGUUAGAUCGCUACACUCGUCAAGAUGAUGGUACCAUUUCCUUUGAUAUCUUGCCAAGGAUACUACGGAUGGGAGUGCAGCCUGAUUUGUCUAUUUUCAAUAUCGUGGUGUCUAAUGCUUUGAGAGCGGAUGACCUGGACACUGCGCUGCAGAUAGUUCAAUUGAUGGAAAACCAGGGGGUAACGCCCGACUCGUAUACUCACCUUUCAAUAUUGCACCAUGCUGUUCGCCUCAGGGACCACGAAAAGGUGGACCAUGUACUCAGCAAAAUUGCCAAAGUCGACUCUCUAUCCACACAACCACACCUUGUCAGCAAAACAUUGCACGCAAUGCUUCUGUUUCCCCAUAAUUCAAGCCCUGGCCGGAAAGGAUCAAUGGAAUCAUUUCAUAAAAUGCUUGACGUUUAUAAGAAGUCGCAUCAAAUACAACCACUAGUUGAUCUAGGGCUUAUACCACGCAGCCAGAAUGAUGAACUGCUUUCAGCAAGCAAAUCUCCACCUUCGAGUCAGGCUCUUAAUAUUAUGAUCACCGCACACCUAAGGACGCGGCCUCGCGCUGACGAAAUUUGGAGAUACUUUACACGAUUCCAAGCAUUGGUGGCCAGCGGACACGCCAUGAUCACGCCUCUAAUUUCAACAGAUUACGUCUUUAACAGCUUUCUCAUGGCACUUCGCUUUGAACCUCAAAUGAUAUAUAAAUGUUUCAAGAUUCUGAAUUACAUGCUUCAGCCUCUACCUGAAGUAGCUGUUCAAACGAUGAAAGCCCAUCACAGCGGUCCAGUUCCGGUCCGGCCCGCUCAACCAUCGCAACGAACAUGGACAAUCUUACUGAACACGUUAAUUUCUCAUAAUCAAAUGCAGGCUGCGGAGAGUCUUUACAAAACGAUGAAAGAGCGCGGGGUGGAGAUUAAUGAUGUUGCCUGGAACAUACUAAUCCGAGGAUAUGCUUGUAACCAAAUGGUCGAAGCAGCGGCUAAAGCACUCAAAGAGAUGGAGAGGCAGUCCUGGAGCCCCGAUGGCCAUACCGUUAAGGCUUUAGGUUUCAUUGAGAACCAAGAGUUGCUACGGACUCUCCUUGAUCGUUUAGACGCCAACGAGUCUGAGUUGGAGAAAUCUAAGCUUGCCACCAAGAAGUGAGAGAUGCUGAUGUAUAGAUAGCGCUUUUUGAAUAGUACCCGGAUCUAGUCAAUAUUGUACUAUAGACAUAUUGCAUUAUACGACGCAAUAAAUAAUUGAAACGAAUAGAUGAUCAAUAUACAACGGGGCGUUCUUUGUAGUAUUCUCCUUUACCGUUUGCGCGAGUCAAAGUUUCGUAGAGAUUUAAGCAGGUUUCAUGAUUUGUCUAAAAGUUGCAGUUACUCCUUUUUCCUCGAACGCGCCAAUUACAAAAUAAGAGAACAUAAAAACAUAACCCCAUAAGAAGAUGCAAAAGUUGACUAGUUUCCGAAAAAGAGGGAUAUCUAAACCACAAUGGUCAGAAAUACCAUGUAACCUCGAUUCAAGGAAACACUUACAGCCAUGAUGAUGCAGCAAAUGCUAACAUAUGGACUUAAUCUCUCGCCCACCCUGGCGCAUUUCCAGAAUAUACCAAAGAACCUGUGGAAGUUAGCAAGAUCAUUACUAUUAGGAGUAAGCAUUCAUAUUACCCAUUCUGAUGGCGGUCCAUGAUUCCAGGCAUUAUGCUGUGCGCAUAAGUACUUGUACAGAUAAUCAGGAGAAUCACUAGUAGAAGUGAUUGGAAAUUGAAGAGGGCAGCCUGGGGGAUAUUGUCAGAUAAAAACGCCUUUUAAACUAGUAUAGAUUAUCCCGAAGGUUCCAGCAUACCAUGACUGUCCGGUAGAGCCUCUAUGUUCUAAGAAUUAAACUGCGUGCCGGCGAUGCAUUACUUGUCUGCGCCUGCUGCGCUCAACAAGAAAGUCGACAGUGGCUGAAGUGGUGGUCACGUGGCAAACAUUAGACGCGCGCUUGUCGAGCAAGCGCUUUGUCGCUUCUCGACUUCGUCUUGAUCACUCACCAUCGGCAACAUCAACAACACAGAGAGCAGCUUUGCUCGGAAGACUUCGG